AUGCAAAGAACGGAUAAGAGCUUGCAAGUUCAGGGUGCUGUCAUAAAAAAAUUGGAGAAUCAAAUGGGACAAAUAGCCAAGGAACUUUCAGAGAGACUGUCGAGAACAUUACCUAGUGACACUGAGAUAAAUCCUAAGCAGCAGGUAAUGGCAGUAAAAGUUGUAGAGAAUGAGGAGGUUGGGGCAAUCACUACACGCAGUGGGAUUCAACUUCUAGAAAUCACAGUCGAAAGAUGGGUGAAAGUAAAUGAAAAGGUACCUUCCAUAGAUGAGGAGCAAGUGGAUAAAUCUGAACAGCCAGAUAAAAGAUUGCAAAAGAUGAAGUUGGAAGAACAGUUUGCAAGGUUCUUGGAUAUCUUCAAGAAGCUUCAUGUUAACAUUCCACUAAUUGAAGUUAUAUCUCAAACACCAAACUAUGCAAAAAUUUUGAAGGAGAUCCUAUCCAAAAAGAGAAGGUUUUCAAAUUUUGAGACCAUCAAGUUAAAUGAGGAGUGUAGUGCCAUCCUGCAUAACAAAUUACCUCCUAAGUUACAAGAUCCAGGGAGUCUCAAAAUACCUUGCUCAAUAGAGAAUGAUUCAAAUUGUAAUUGUUUAUGUGACUCAAGAGCAAGUAUAAACCUAAUGUCUUUAUCUGUAUACAGGAAAUUAGGAUUGGAAGAGCUAAAGGGCACAUCCAUCUCCCUUCAAUUGGCAGACAUAUCAAUUAAAUACCCACGAGGAGUGGUUGAGAACGUGCUCAUUAAAGUAGGAAAAUUUAUAUUCUCCAUUGAUUUUGUUGUCCUAGAUAUAGAGGAGCCAUGGGAUGCAGCGUUACUUAUCUUGGGCAGAUCCUUUCUAUCAACAAGUGGAGCUGUCAUGGACUUUGAAAGUGGCGAAUUGACAUUGAGAGUGGAAGAUAAGCAAGAUAAGUUCAAGAUCUACAACACUAUCGAGAAUCCAUUACAUGAAGAGGUCAGCAAAAAGGCUAAGGAAGAGUGCAAGUAUAUUGCUACAAAGGUGCAACAAUGCUCGAUAGAGACAAAGCCUAAACAUCUAGUUAGCGUUGGACGAGGGAAGAAUGGAGGGUUCAAGGUUUGGAGGGCAAAAUGA